UCUCUACUGGGUACCCUGUGUUCGGAGUGUUUAUGUCUAUUCAUGCUUUUCACUUGUGUCCUCUCGUUGUUGAGUCUCCUGGACAGCCAGGGAAAUUGGAUUUUAAAUGUUUGCAGCGGUUUUCAGAAAAGAAAUCACUAGGAAAAAAAGCCGUACCUGAAACACUGUACCGAUACAACUUCUAGUCAGCGGAGUGAAACACGAUUUCUACGUACAAAAUGCAUUCCAUGAAAUAGACAUAAAUAACAACAGUUUUUUUUAUUUACUUUAAACAUGGAUUCUAAUUAUCGAGUACUGGAUGGUGGCUUGGCAUACCUACUAGCAGAACGAGGAUUCAAAAUAGAUGGUGAUCCACUUUGGAGUGCAAGAGUUUUAGUUGAAAAUCCAGAAGCAGUGAAACAAGUACACAAAAGUUUCCUGACUCAUGGGUCUGACAUUAUCACUACAGCAACAUACCAGGCAAGCAUUAGUGGUUUCUGUAAACACCUUGGCGUGACAGCUGAUGAGGCCAGGAAGCUGAUUCAAAGAGGUGUUCAUAUAGCAAGAGAGUCUGUUGACGAAUUCUGGGACAAGCACUCCAACUCAGUUUGUUCAAAUGAUAGAAUCAAGCCCCAAGUUGCUGGAUCAGUCUGCCCAUAUGGUGCAUGUCAAUCUGAUGGCUCUGAGUACCAUGGCAACUACGUGGAUACCAUGACCAUUAAGAAUUUGAUGGAUUGGCAUCGACCUCAAAUACAAGCUUUAGUAGAGACUGGCCUGGAUCUGUUAGCAUUUGAGACCAUACCAGCACAGAAAGAAGGUGAAGCCCUCGUACAGCUUCUGAAAGAAUUCCCAGGGACAAAAGCAUGGCUUUCUUAUAGUUGUAAGGAUGGAUCCCACACUUCACACAAUGAAGACUUUGUGUCUGCAAUCAUGGCUGCCGUCGCUGACUCAGAACAGAUCAUAGCCGUGGGCAACAAUUGUUGUUCACCCGUUUACGUCACGUCGUUAAUUCGAAGACUUAAACCCAAGACAACACUUCCAAUCGUUAUCUAUCCAAACAAAGGAGAAGAAUGGAUAGACAGAAGGUGGCAAGACACGGGCAAUGUCCCGCCGGUAGUGUCUUAUCUUGACGAGUGGAUUGAUUCUGGUGCACAAUGGAUCGGUGGCUGUUGCCGCACAUCUUUGACUGACAUUUCUGAAACACGGGCUGCAAUAGCUAGGCGUACGAGCAAGCCAGGCAUAGGCUAGGUAGAGCUCACCAUCUGACAAGACGACAGACCCUGAUUUCUGCUCUUUAUCAACGACCUGCAAUAGCUAGGCACACAAGCAAGCCAGGCAUAAACUAGGUAGCGCUCACCCAUGUGCAAGACGGAAAAUCCUACAGUCUGCCUUGUGCUGCUCUUUAUCAAUAGGGGCCUUACGGAAGACGAAGACGACAAGGAGAAUGUGACCAAAAAAUGGCGUUUAUGACCUUAACCAAAUAUAAAGGCGAUGGCAGAAAACAAUAGAAAACCCAAAGAAAUGGACUCUGAUACUUUUCCGCCGUUUUCUUCCAAAUCACGACGUUGAAACUCCAAGUUUCAUCGCCUAGAGCGAGGACGGGGAUAAAAAUGCUGAAUGCUAUGUAGAAAUAAGGUCCAAGGCUUCGUUUUUUUCUGGAACUAUCAAAACGGGUUAGUUUUAGGGAUACUAUUUAAAGAUUUUGCGCUUAGUACAAAAGCAUUUUUAACUCACGCUCGCCUUGCCGUCGCAAUAUUUGUUGCGUAAGGCUCCCUAACUUCCCUUUACUCCCUCAUUUAUAGAAUCCGUCAAAAGACAGUUUAUCUCCAAGGCAGCAGGCUCUAUGGGUAAACAAUGUGUAUCUAUGGUAGCAAGGGUUUAAGCUUGACCAUUUCUCAAACCAUGGAUUGAUACCUUUUUUUAUUCGAAUGAAAUAUGAAUUUAUUUGAAAUGAAAACACAAGCACUCUUA